UAUUCAGUCGCGUUGUAUAUACUUAUCUAUCUUCGCGUUUAUGAUAACAGCCGGUUUAAAAGUUUUACAAAUUACAAUUUUUUUUUUUUUUGCGUAUAUUACAUAUACAAUAUUUUAUUAAGCAUCACUUUUGAAAAAUGUCACAGGGUAAUAUUGAAGACUCAAAAGGGAAAAAAUCCCCUAUUAAGAAAUUAAAAGAUGAUCGUAAACAUUUUGGAUCCAAACGGUUACCAAUUGUUUUAGCAAAACGUGAUGGUUCUAUUGAGCGAAUUCAAGAGCCAGAAAAAUCACUUAUUCAGCCAACGAUACUUCUCAAGUCACGUGAUCCAGAAAACAGGCCUCUGUCACCUACACAAAAGUUAAUGCCACAAAUGAUAAUAAAAAAAGAAGAACCACAUCUACAAUCUACUCAAAAAUAUUCAAGUGAUGAUCAAGUUUUUUCGCCACUUGAAAUGAAAACACCAGUUAAAAUAAUUGAUGAUUAUAUGCAAUUUAUCAAUGAAGGUUUAAGUAAUUAUCUACUUGAACAACCAGAUUUCUUAGUUAUUGGUUGUUUGGGACUGCAAGGAGUAGGAAAAUCAACGCUAAUGUCUAAUAUUGCCAAUAAGCCUAAUUUAUUUUCAUCUACAACUACUGAAUAUAUAGAAACCGCUCAAAACUGUACUAGUGGAAUUCAUGCAUAUGUAAUGAAAAAUAGAGUUAUAUUGUUGGAUUGCCAGCCUAUAUUAUCAUCUUCAGUAGCAUAUUCAACCAGUCAAAAACGAAUAGGUCAAUCAAUGGACACAUCGAUUGACAAUGAAAUGGUGUCAUUACAAUUAACUGCAUUUUUGUUAUCAGUCUGUCAUGUAGUAUUGAUUGUUCAGGAUUGGUUUUUUGAUCCUAACAUCUUCAAAAUACUUCAAACAGCAGAAAUGUUAAAGCCUCCAAUGCCUACUUCACAUCGCAAUGAAGAACUAGUAGAAUAUUUUCCACAUGUGGUAUUUGUUCAAAAUAAAUCAUUUUAUUCAGAUUUUAGUAUUGAAAACAUAAAAACAAUUCAGCAAGUUUACACUCAACUAUUUGCCCGGUCUCGGCUUCAUAUACAAAGUGGUAUUAGUAUAGCAAAUGGCAGUAUAAUAAAUGAAUUGAAUCCAACAAAUUGUGGUGAUCCCAUUAAUAUAUUUUUACUAGCGAAUAUCAAUAAAGAUAAACAAUUUGAUGUAAAUGGUUUUCACAAGAUGCAUCCAGACCAAACAGUUUUAAUUCAAGAGUUCAGAAAACAAAUUCUAAGUUUACCAAUACUUCCUAUUACUCAUACCAAUCUCACAGAAAAAGGAUGGUUUCAUUAUUGCAUCAAAGUUUGGGAUUCGAUAAAGAAGAGCCAGUUUUUUAAUGAAUAUAAUAGACUUCAAGCAUAACAAGUUAUUAUUAAAUACUAAGCGACUGUAUAAUUUUAAAUAUAAUCAGAAUUGUAAAGUAAAUGAUAUCUUAUUGUUUAGAUGUAACAAAAUGUGUAUAAAUAUUUAUAACUAAAAAUGUUAUCAUAUUUUAAUAGAUUUAAGCUUGCGAUUCAACUCUUCAAAUUUUAAUACUUUUCUUAUGAAAAAAUCCCCGUAGCGAUGUGCUACUUUUGUAUCAGCAAUAUGUAUCAUAUCACGAUCAAUAUAAAAGUC